CCAUCGUCCUCCAGUUAACGAUUGACCCUUUACGGCUAACCCUAAUAAGUUCCAUAUCUUCAACCAAUCUUGCUUUUAAAUCCAAUUUGAACGAGAUAAAUUGAUUGAAUCGAUUGAUUUUUAAGGUCUACAGUACCAUUCUUCUACCUUGUUUUUGGUUAAUUCAUCUGCUACUCUCCUAUUUCCGUACACACAUUGAGAGAGAAUUUUUUGUGGAAUUUUUAGAAUAAUAUAUCUUUCUUGAUUUCUCAAGAAAAAUUCCAGAUAAGAAACUGGCAGGGUUACAUUGAAUCACGCAGCCGAGAUGCACGACAAUUCUCCCAGUGGAUCAUCAUCCACUGCCAAGCCGAAAACCGGAUUGUUGCAAAUUUCGGAUGCCUCGUUCAGGCGCAAGCCAGGAAUCUUUCAGAAAGAUUUGCAACACAUGAUGUUUGGAUUUGGUGAUGAUCCCAAUCCACUCCCAGAAACUGUUGCAUUGGUUGAGGAUAUAGCUGUUGAGUACAUCACAGAUUUGGUGCAGAAAGCCCAAGAAACUGCAUCAAAGAGGGGGAAGCUUUUAACAGAAGAUUUUUUAUUUCUAAUCCGCAAGGAUUUACCAAAACUUAAUCGCUGUACGGAACUACUCUCUAUGCAUGAAGAACUGAAACAAGCACGGAAGGCUUUUGAUGUAGAUGAAGAGAAGCUGGCUAGUGGAGAGUGAAAGUGAAUGCCUUUAGAACCAAUUCAUCGUUCUGUUUGAUGGAUUAUGAAUUCAACAUCCUAAAUUUGUGACGACCUUUUUUCUUUUGAUUUUUCAUUUGGUCAAUGUAAAUGAUGUCUAUUUCAGAGGGAUCUCCUGUUGUUUCAGAAACAAAAUUGAAGGAUAGACCUUUAACCCAUUGAAUUGGUAAAAGCUGUGUGAUGAUUCAUUCAAA